UCGCGGCCAAGACCUCCCAUAUACCACUUAGCAUCCCGUUCGGUUCGGCAGUCUCCUCCGUGCGCGAUUCACUUCUCUCUUUCUCUUUCUCUCUCUCUCUCUCUCUCUCCCUGUCUUUCUCCCUUUGCGCUGAUAAGGGCGAUAAUAAAGACGAUUGAUCAGGAAGAAGCACGUUGUCCUUUCUGGUUGCGAUGAAGACAUAGUCGAUACGCGACUGCGACUGAUCUUCUUGCGUGCGAUUUCCUGGGAUUGAAGAUCGACGCGCGAUCGAACAAAUAAAAGGCAGUUUGGUCUCGGCGAAAUCGGGGCGCGAGUAAAUCCUCGCCUUCUCGCGACACGUGGAUCCUCGCUUCGACGGUGAUGACGAGAAGUGUCCCGUCCUUUUUGCUGGUGGUGUUGCUCUCGCUGACGUCUCUGAACGAUGUCGACGCGCAUCCGAAAUCGGACUUUGUCGAGGACGGAGACGGUCCCGAGCGAGAACUCGAGGUCUCAUCGUGGUCUCUUGGCCAGCUAGCGGAGAAAAACGACCUUGCACCCCGGCAAGACGAGGCUCUGCAGAAGAUACAAGAGAUUCUUGGUAUUCGGAGCCAAAGCGAGAACCUGACGCACCGCAAAGUGCCGCCGCAAUUUAUGAUGGAACUGUACAACACCAUCGCCGAUCCUAGCGGAAUCACGCGAGGUCGGAAUCCCUACGACGCCAAGGUGGUGCGCAGCUUCGUCGAAAAGGGUAAUGAUUUCGACGCUACCCUGUCGCGUUUCUACUUCUUCAACAUCUCGGGCCUCGAAAUAAACGAAUCGGUGCUGGAGGCUGAAUUGCAUCUGUACAGAAAGAAAAUGUCCACGAAGAACGGGCGUUCAUCGACGCUCACGUCGCCUUAUUAUUUGAUAAGAGUGUAUCAAGUCCUGAACGAUCGCAGCCUCGGCGUGCCAGAACUUCAUAGAUUGCUGAACGUCCGUUACGUCGGUGCGCACGCUUCCGGCUGGCAGGUGUUCAAUGUGAAGGAAGCUGUUCUUGGAUGGAUGAGCGGCGAGCCGAAUCUAGGUCUUCUAGUGACAGCGUCGAAUCUGUUCGAAGACGGGGUGUCGGUAGAGUUCUCUCGUCGGAACGACUACCAUCACAGCAGGCAGCCGAUAUUGGUGCUCUUCGACGAUGACAGCGGUGAGUGUAACCGAUUCUCUAGCGACGGGACGCCGGGCAACGCUGCGCCGCCGCGAUACUACGCUUACGGGAACCAGGACGAUGACGAGGAGGACCAGGAGAAUGGGUUCAUCUACGGGAAGAAUGCAAAGAGCGAGAAGAUUAAUUUGGAGAACGGCUACAACGGCGAGGAGCGUUACAAGAGGCAUAAGAGGCAGGAAGAAGACGGUGACGGCGGUCAACCGGAAGAGGUCCUACUGGUUGACAGACAUGGACCGGAAUUUUUUCAGCGGCAGAAGAAGGGACGCGAAGAAGAUGUAGCUUCCCACUACGAUGUCUCUCGGUCCGAAACCUUGGCUCUCGAAGCAACAACGAGGCGUCGUCGUCGCAACACCGCGACGUCGUCCAGGAAACGCGCUGCCAAGGUUAUUUCGAACAAUCGCAGAAGAAUCACGAAGGUAUUAACGUCGAUGGACGUUUACGGAAGGGCGACGCAUCGAGAGAGACCAGGGCAGGCAGUGCGAGAUCGGUUGGCAAGACGAUCGAUCGCGCAGCAGCGUCGACUAACGCGCUCGACGAGCAGUCCGAGCACUCCAGUGGCCCAACAAAACACCACGGAAUGCACGAGGCACGAGCUCUACGUGGAUUUUCGCGACAUUGGGCUGUCGUCUUCGAUAAUCGCGCCACCCGGUUACUCCGCCUACCAGUGCAAGGGAGUGUGCGAGUCACCCCUCAGUCAAGAUCAACAGCCAACGAAUCACGCGACGAUACAAGCGAUCGUGCACAAGAUGGGGCUAGUCAGAGGAGUUGAAAGACCUUGCUGCGUGCCAACCAAACUGCUGAGUACCAGCAUCCUCUUUUACGACGACAAUGAGAACGUCGUGCUCAAGAUGUACGAGGACAUGAUCGCGGAUAGUUGCGGGUGCCGUUAAAACGAGCGUCUCGGACGCGUUUCAAGCUGAAAAAUCCUGAACCUGAUUGCGACGCACAAUUCCGAACAAAAGGAACCUGCUGCAAGAGGAGUAUGUAUUAAAAAUACGUUCGAAGUAAAAAGAAGAGUCUCUGCAAACCCAAGUCCCGAUCAUUAACUCUUUUAAUGUGAUAUCUAGAAAGAACGAUAUUCUAUUCUAAUUAUUAAUUCUAAUAGAAUAUUUUUCCUUUUACAUACCACGGGAUGUCCGAGUAGUGAUCUAACCAACACUUGUAUAAAGGUAGAGUGGGUUGAGUUGAACCAAAAAGUACUGUUUUGCGAUCCGCGCUUAGACUUGCAAAUCUUAAUCAAUUAAUAACUCUUUUAUUAUUUUAAGAUUGCAACAAUACCUCCAUACAAGCAUUGGCUAGAUCAUUACCGGACACCUUGUACAAGAGAAACUACUAUUUUUUUAUCAAUCCCUAUAAAAUAACAAUAUUAAGCGAGAGAUCUUAAUUAUUAUUAACUUUUAUUGCAUCUCGAAUGCACACAGAUGUUUGCAACUGAAGAGUUAAGCGAAUAACUUGUUUUUAUUGUAAACAGUCAUCUCGUUGACUGACUGUACUUUUUUUCGAUUGCCUCGUAGUUCAAUCAUGCAAGAAUACAGUGACUCACUUGCGAAUCCACAAAUGAAAAUACUUCACUUGCCAGAAGCGUAAAGUUCUUAGCAAAUUAACAGAAGAUUCUCUCGGCACCGUCAACUCGCUCCCUCGAAACUCAUCCAACAAUUCUGAUCGAUGAUAUGCUGCAGCUACUUUGUACAUAAGAACAUUCCCAAGUGCGCGUAACAUCACGUAUAUUAACAAAAUACGUGCAUAUUUAUAUACUACUACUUGGUACUCUCUGUUAGGUUGUUAAAUUAUUGAUAUAUAAUCCCGCGGUUGGACGCAUAAACUUCCAACUGUAUAUAUAUAUAACGAGGCGAAGCGUUCCGCCGGAUUUAUUUAUAGCCACUCUAUAAGUAAAACUAGAAAAGAAGGAAUAAAUGAUAUUUAAAUAAUAAU